AUGCCAUAUGAAGUGGAUUCUUAUGGAGAAGGGUACUCUGGUUUCGCACUCGUUCGGGUUCCCGCGGCUGAAUUGCAAAAGUGGGCGUGGCCAAAAUUCCAUGUUUUCUCCUUACCACAACUCUCUCUGCAAGGGACACGCGAAAUAUCCCUCUGCAAAGUAGAAAUACAAAUCUCCCGGCAAUUCUCCACGUGGCAUCAUCAUCUUAUUCUUCUCCACAAUCUUCUCCUUCUCCGUCGUCGUCGUCGUCGCCGGAUGAUUCUUCUCCUCCGAUAUCGAUUUUCUCAUCGUCGUCGCCGCAGUGAUGAUCUCCGGCACGAGAAGUUUAUCUACCUUUCUCUGAAUAUACAUCAUCUCCAGAAGGCUCUCCUGAUUCAGAAUCCGCAACUCUUGUCGAAUGCCCGCCCACAUCUCGUCAAGGACUACGGUAUGUUGAUGAGCGUAUCGUUGGCAGAAGUGGACGGAAAUACUGUGAGCCGUCGUCGCGUCGACAUAGAAUCUUCUCCAACUCGAGAAUCACUUCCACAUUCCGAACCAAUUCCGUCAUCACUUUCCUCUCCUGAGUCGGCAAUUCGAAUAGCACGUCGUCACCCUUUUUCUCUCCGCCGCCUUCUGAAUUCUCCCCGUCGUCGUCAUCGUCACUCAGACUCGGAUCGUCUUCUUCUUCCUCUUUUUUGUACGAUUCACGACGGUGACGUUCGAAUUCGUAGGGAUUGCGGACGCGACUUUUGGCCAUUCGGAUGA